CAAUAUUGGACAGGGAACCAGAUUAAUCAGGAAGUGGAUUAAGAUAAAUUUUGUUUCUGUUCGUUGAAGUCCUAAUACCAUUGUUUUUAGAUGACUAUCAUUAUAUAGCCACUUGUUGUUAACAAUAACCAAAAGCCAAAGUUCAAGACCAGAGAUUUCAUUACAAACAAUUAAAAAAGACAACAGGACACAAAUCAUUUCAUCCAGGAUAUAACCACUUUAUCUGGUGUUUACAUCAAGUGGAUACUUACUACCCCCCUAACAUAGUUUGAAUGAAUCGAUUUUAACAGACAGAAGAGUUUAUUGUGCAAAUUUUAGGAUGAACAGCACUGAAAUAUGAACUUCGUUUGCAAUUAGAAUUUGAUCUUUAGAAUCGUGUGAUUAAAUGUGAUUUUUUUGUGCUGAUUUGGCGCAAAUAAUUGUAAUAUCUCAGUGUAUGAAGGAUUUUCUAGAUCAUUCAGAAACAAAAAAUGAAGUUAAAAUGGAAAAAGCAUCGUUUAAAACAUGAAAGACCUUUUUUGACAGAAGAAAUAUUUAACAUAAACACAUAAACUUUGUUGUGAAAUAUAUACAUUGCCAUACAGACUGCAUGUAGCACGGAUAUUGUACAAUCACCAUAGCAACAACGGAAAUAACUAUGACAAUGAUGACUGUGGAAAUUAGCCCUCGAUGGUUUAGGAUUAGUUUGUCAUUGGCAACUGUACUUGUGACAUGUUGUUUUGGUUCUCCAACACUAGAUCAGCGAUACGAACGAGCACUUUCGAACCAUAUACCAACAACAACCAAGGGCAGUAAUUCUGUAAAUGAAGAGAAAGAUAAAUACUUUAAAGAAUUUUGGUAUCAGAAGAAUGGAGGACUGUGCCCCUUUGGUCAGGUGUUACAAAGGAACAACAGUGUUUGCUGUUAUGUUGCAGUGUGUGACCCAGGUUACGAGAUUGAGGAGUGUCGUGUAAAUGGAACCGAGGACAAAUGUUCCAAGUGUAAAAUUGGCUUUCUGCAGUUACACAAUAUCUCUUCACUGAACAUGAAGGAUGCUAAAUGCUUUAGUAAAGUGCCCAACCAUGAGUAUUGUCCCUUAGACAUUAUGAAACAUGCGAGGGAGAUUUUAGACUCAAAAACAUUUCCGUAUCCGUGUGAAUGCUCAUUUGAAAAGUGUUAUGUAGUGGACGAUGUAGGUGAUUGUAGCAUAAAUAUAAACACUGUGUGUCGUCCGAAUUUCCAAAUGAACAGAAUAACUGGAAAAUGUGAACCAUGCCCUUGGUAUGGGUAUAAAAAUGUAUCAGGAUGUGAGCCUUGCACUAUCAAUGCCACACUGCUCAGACAGGGCAAACCUGGUGGAGUAUUCAUACCUCCCAAUUUACGAACAACAACUGUAAAAAUUGAAGUUAAAUCAGAUAAUGGCAUGAACGAGAACUUGUCUUUGGCAACUCCUGAUUCACCCAGGAAGGAAUCAAAGAAUGGACUAAACACUGCCGUUAUUAUUCUUCUAGCUGUGAUUGCUGUAGCGGUGGUUGGGUCAAUGGUAUUUGGAGUGAUCUUUUGCUACAGGAAUAGAAUGUUGUCAGGUUCGCAAAACCCUCCUUCAACUCCAAGUGCUGAUAUUGCCCCACUGUUACCUGGCCAGGGGAUUCCUACACCCACACAUCAAAAUGGAUAUGGAAAUAUUCCCUACCAACGAAAUAAUCAAACACUUAUACCACAUGGUGAAAAUUAUACAAAUAAUGUUUUGAACGGGCAUGUCAGAAAUGAUCAUGUAUGGAAUCUUAACUUCAAUCAUAAUCUAAUGGAUGGAAGGGAAAAUGUGAAUGGUGCUGUUGGAAAUAAUCAAAUAGUUUCAGAAAGGGAACAUGCAAUCUCAACAGAAGAUAGCAUUAAUGGUAAUGUUCAGUCUGCUAGGACUGUGAACAAUCUGGGACAGAUGACAGGUGACAAGGGUUUAAAGAUUAAUGUUCCACAGACAGCUCCAGCACAGAAAAAGCAAAACAAAAGUGAACAAAGACAAGAUGCAAUAAAAGAAAGUGCAGUAGAAAGUCAUCAAGGUGCAGUUGGUGGUAUAUAUGAUAAUUCAUGUGAUAAGAAGGUAGAAGAUGAGUCUAAGGUUUCGAAAGAUAAGAAGAAAAAUCGAGACAAAACAAAUACUAAAGUUUCUGUUCAUAAUAAUACUUUUGAAAAGUGUAAGAUAUACUUCGGAAAUCCGAAAAGUAAACCUCGAAAUGAUGUUAAUGUAGAAAAUUGUGUUGAAGAAAACAGUAUGUCAGGUACAUUUGUGUUGGCAAGCUCCUGCAGUUCAUCGGACAUUAAUUCUGUCCCAACUAUGGAGCUGACUGAACAAAGAGAUAUAAAUAAGAGCAAAGAAAGUGCUAGCAAUGGAACAAGUUUAAUUGACGCUGUAGAUGAACCUACAAAUAGAGAUGAGUUAAAGGAAAUCAGAGGUAAUGAUGAACCUCCUUGUAGACCUGAGCUUAGUAACAGUCCGGGUUGUGAUAUUCGACCAGUGGAAGAUAUGAGGUCAGGUGAUGUAGGCAGAAAUGGUGCAGUUGAGAAAGAUAGAAAACAUAAGACGGAGACCGUAGAAGAUGAAAAAUCUCUGAAUCCAUCUCCUCAGAAAAUAGCCGGUACUGUAGCACCUUUACAGCCAUCUGCACCUAGAGAACGUCCAACUGCUCGAGUCCCCCCCAUUCGUCAAAUCAGUGAAGUGCGACAUGUGUCAGGGUAUCCGUCAGAAAGGCUGGAUAAUGAUACAAGCAAUGGAGUUGAUAGUUUCAAUUCAAUGUCAUAUGCUGUGAUGCAUGCAAACUCAGAGCUUAGUAAUGGCUUCAUGGAAGAUAUAGCAAACCAAGAUGACUUAACGGAAAUAGGUGAUAAUGAAGAUCAGUUUCAAAGUGUAAUUCUUGACAGUAUGCUAAAUCAUGGUGGAGGAAGUCAAAAUACUACCCGAGGGAAUGGGUGUGGCCAAACUUCAGAUGUACAGAGAAGUCAAAACGCAGUGCCCCCUAUAAGAAGGGAUGUAAAUCGAGUUGGUGUAACCAAUUCUGUUCCGCCAAUGGUUGAAAGGGAGGGACCUGAAGGUAAUUCAAUUACGUACACACCUGAAUAUGAUAAUUAUGUUUCACGACCAGAUAUGCAAGAGACUGAUAGAAAAGUUGCUGUUGAUGAUAUAGAUCUAGAUAUAACACAAGAAAAGCAAGCUGGAAAUAACCAUACCAGUGCUAAAACUGUAGAUUCUGAUGAUGAUUUGACUGAAUACAAGAGAAAACUCAAAGAAACUCAAAAUAUUGAAAGUGAUACAGACUUGAAGAAAACUGUAGAUGGGGAGGGUAAUAUUUCAGUUAGUGAAGAAAGUUUUGAAAUUGACAAAAACUAUGUUGAAGAUAUUCUAUAUGAAGAAACUGAAACAACAGAAGGAAAGAACUCAGUGAAUGAAGUUAAUACAGAUGAAGAAACAAGUUUUGAAGUAGAUAGUGCAGAUAUCAAAAACAUAGAAAACUCUGAAAUGGCUUCUUGUGAUAGAACUAAACGUGAUGUAAUUGAUAGUGCUGACAUGUCACAAAGUUUUGAAAUUGAUAGUAAAGAUUUUAAAACUUCAGAAAAACUUAAUGCAGAAGGCAGCAAUGUUCUUGACAAAAAUGCUGUUGAACUUGAUAAGACUGAUACAGAACAAAUAGUUAAGGAUGAAGAAUUAUCUAGGCCAGUGACAGAGGAGUCGAUUGAAGUUUGUAGUGAUAAUUUGACAAGCAGUGGAGAUUCCAGUUUUGAAAUUAAUUCAAGUGAAAUUGGUUUUCUUAAUCCGAGAGGUAAUGCUGAUGCUGGUGAAGCUUGUGAUAGGACAGUUGAUGGGAGCGAGAGUGUAGCUGUAAGAACCAAGUUUGGGGGUGAUUCACAAAAUUCUUCAAUGAAGUCUGGUGAUGAAGUUUCAGAUAGUGGAGAGGAUAAUUAACACGCUACUCUUUUUGUAAAUUUUGCUUAAUAUGUAUUGAAUCAGUUACAGAAGUUUUUUUUUUAAAAGGAAACUUCUAGGAAGUAUAUCAGAUCUGCUGUGUAAAUUAACCAAUUGUUCACAAAACCUAUAAAAAUGCCAGCAUAGUAAAGUGGUUCUGUCCACUGACUUCAGUCAUUUGCUCUGCACCAAUGUGUGUUUGAGCCUCUGAGCACUUAGAGGUUGGAUUCUUUCAUAUCUGAACAGUAUCUAGCUUGUUGAUGAAAGGUUAGAGGUCACUGGUCCUAAGUUACCAAAUGACCUGAACAAUGUGACUUUAAAUCCAACAGAAAUCAAAACUGUUAAAGACCAUUAAGGCCAGGUUUGAUGUUUUUUCAAAAAUUUCUUUUUACUGCAAUCCAGCUGGUAUUGAUAACUAAUUGAAGGUCUGACCCACUUUUCAAAAUUCACAAGCUAUCGGGAGUUCGAUUGUUAAAUAAUUCAAUAAUUUGUUUUUGUGACUAAAGUUUGAAGCUGUUUUGAAAGAAUAUAUAAUUAUUGACAAAAGAACAAGUAACACUGUCUGCAGUAUGUCCAGAAGCUUACAGCCCUGUAAGACAUAUUAAACACUCAGAGCUAAAUAGUUUGAAAAUAAAUAAGUGCAGCUGUGUAAAAAAACCGUUAGGACUUUGCGACCAAGUUCAGCCUGCACAUUCCAGUAGUCUGAUCCGGAUCCAUACUGUUAUCUGAAAUUGGAUAUGGGGAUAAACAAACAGUAUGGAUGUGCACUCAUCUGGAUCCUUGCUUGCCGCAAAGCCCUAACGUUGGGUAUUUGCACAGCUGCACUCAAAUUAACUAAAUUGAGAGUGGGUAUUAGGUUAUACAGUAUUUUAAUUGGUGCUUACAAUUGUUUAUGAGUAGUAAUCUUUGUUAAGAACUGUUUGUUUUUCUAAUUGUUUAUCAGUAAAUUUACUGAUACCUGUUUUUAACCCUUAUCAUGCUGGACACAAUUGAUUCUGCCUUUGCGACCAGUGUAGAUCAUCACUGAUCUGCACUGUUCGCCAUUCAGUCAGUAUCUUUUUGGUAAGCAUCCCUUUUACUAGUUAAUGGUACUGUCCAAAUUUAAAGAAUGUCUAGGGGCUUCCGUGGCCGAGUGGUUAAGGUCACUGACUUCAAAUCACUUGCCCCUCAUCGAUGUGGGUUCGAGCCUCACUCGGGGCGUUGAAUUCUUCAUGUGAGGAAGCCAUCCAGCUGGCUUACGGAAGGUCGGUGGUUCUACCCAGGUGCCCGCUCGUGAUGAAAUAAUGCACGGAGGGGCACCUGGGGUCUUCCUCCACCAUUAAAGCUGGAAAGUCGCCAUAUGACCUAUCAUGUGUCGGUGCAAUGUUAAAUCAAAAAAAAAAAAAGAAAAAAAAAGAAAAAAAAAAAUAAGAAUGUCUAGUUCAUCAUAGAAAUAUAGCAGGGUAAGGGUUAAGCUGUUAUUAACAGCACUUUUAUGUUCUGGUAUUUUGUUAGAUAUAUUUUGUCUAAAUAUGUAUGUGGAUAUAUGAACAGUUACUAAACAGUAUCUAUUUAAACAAAACAUAUUCAUGUUUAUGUAUAAAUAGUUCUGUGUGUAGGUUUGAAACUGUACACAGUAAUAAAAUGUACAAUAAACAAAAGUAUGAAUAUAAAAUUAUGUUCCAGUUAUUUUAACAAAGUCACUUACUAGAUAUGAUAAUUAUAAUUUCAUCUCUACCUGUUACAUUUUAUAUUUAACAAAUUUAAUUGUACUUGGUGUUUAAGAGUUUUCUACACUUUAAUCAUCAUUGUAAGAUAAGAUAUUUUAGCAGGAAAUGAAAUGAAAUUUCUUUGAAAUUGUAACAAUGUCAGAAGUAUUCUAUUACAAUACUGUUAUUAUCCUUCUUUGAAGGAUUCUGUAAUCAGUUUUCUUUUAGUUAGAAAUCCUUGAUUACAGUUGUUUUACUUUUGGGAUAGGCUUUCAAAAUAUUGUUAUAAUUUCUUGUUUUGCUGAAUCAUUCCUUAAGAUAUUCAGAUUUUGUUAAAUAAUUAGCUGUUAUUGACUUCUAAUUGUAAGCAUUUUAAAACAGCCCUGUGAAAUUUGUAAAUAUUCAUGGAAGUUGAUGUAAGAUAAAGUACAAGUUUGACUUUUAAAAUUGUUGAUUACAGAUAUGAAUAUGUACAUACCUUAGAAUUUUAAUAAUGAAUUAUGAUGAAAUCAAGAAAAACUACACAAAAAAUCUGAUUUUAGAUAUUUAUGCAAGAAAAUCAAGAAGUAUGCUUGAUUUAAUUAAAGUUUUAGAAUGGUCUUUCUACAGUUCUGUUUUCAAAAAUGUAUGAUGUAAUUUCUGUGUUAAACUUUGUAUUUGUAUGCUUUGUCAUUUAACAAAUAUGCAAUACUAUCACUUGGAGAAUUACGUCUGUUUUAGUUGCUGUCACAUUUCAUCCCAUAAAUAUGUUAAACAUUAGUGUGAUAAAUGUGCUAUAUAACCAUAGAAAGUACAGGUGAAUGUUGUGAUAUGUACAGUAUUGAAUAAAUUUAACCCUUAUGCUGGACACAAUUGAUUCUGCCUUCACGAACAUUGAAGAUCAUAAUCAGCCUGCACAUCUGUGCAGUCUGAUCAAAAUCUGCACAGUUCGCCAUUCACUCUGUAUUCUUUUUGUGUAAGCACCCCUUUUAACAGUUAAUGGUACUGUCCAAACUGACAGAUGGACAAGUUCAUUAUAGAAAUUUAGCAGGGUAAGGGUUAAGUAACUGUAAUGUUUGACAGGUUGAGUGCAUUUGUCUGUGUAUACAGCUGAACCUGCCUUAGAGGCCAGUUGUAUUAAGCAGCCACUUGCCUUAAGCUUUAGCCUGCUAAAUUUCUAAAAUGGACUGGUCCAUCAUUCAAUUUGGGCAAUACCAUUUAUUAUUUGAAGGGGUAUUUAAUGAAAAUUUACUGACUGAAUAGCGAACGGAUGUGCAGGCUGAUCUUGGUCUGCACUGGUCGCUAAAGCAGAAUCACUUGCCACCAGCAGGCUAAAGGUUAGCCAGUCAGCAGUUUAACAAAUUGAGUUUUUGUUAGAAUUUCAACUUGUCUUUAGUAGCCACCUGCCUGAAGAAGCCAGAUUGUGCCACUCCUUUGGGUGGAUGCUUAGUACAGGUUUUGCUGUAUGUAGAAUUUAUAAAUAUUGAUUGACUUAAUGUCUCUUUUACUUAUUUACUUGUACAUUUUGUAUAUAAAGCUAUAGAGGCAUUUCAUUUUAACAUAUAUUGAUCAUCUUUUCAUAGCAGAUUUUAUGAAUUUGAUAAAUAAUCAUUGGUACCAGAUAUAUAUAUAUUGUAAGUUAUAAAUGUAAUGAAGUAUGUUCACACAGUAGGUAGAACACGCAAGUUAAAAGAUUGUAAGAUAAAUCCAUGGGUAAGUUGAAUGUUCCGAGAUACAAACUUGAUACAUAGAUACAGAAAACGAUAUGUCUGAAGGCAUUCACUCUCCAUGUCUGAUUAAUGUUGGGAAGAUGUCAUUUAUUUGUGAGGAACAGGUCUGUAGUGGUACUGAAUUCAGCGAUACUGGAUUGGUUGACAUAAUACUGAUGAAAUCAUGGAGUUAAUAUUAAACAAACAUAAUUAUGUCUCCCACCAUACAGUGGUGUAGGAGACAUAUUGAUUUACUCCAGUCUGUGUGUCUGUCUGUCCGUCACAAAGCUUGUCCGCACUCUAAGUCGAACAUUUCUCAUCCGAUCUUCACCAAACUUCAACAAAAUGUGUCUGCCAAUAAGUGCUCGGCCAAGUUCGAUAAUUAGCCAAAUCAGCCUAGGCACUUAGGAAUUAUGGCCCUUGAAUUACCAAAAAACACUCAGAUUUCUUGUGCAGUUUUGCCCCCAAACCCGCGCCUAUACUACUAGUAGUAUAGGCGUCCUUUUGGUGUCAAGAAAGCGCAUGCACAUGUGGAUUAAGUAAACAGUAUAUAAGAUUGACUUACUAUUUAGAUGAUUAGGCAGUUGUGGGAGACAUGCGCUUUUCUCAAAAGCAUCUUUAGUUCAACACUAUUUUUGCUUCAGUUGUUAUCAAAUAAUUUUGCACUGUAAUGCUAAGGAAAUGAGAAACUAUUGUAAGAUGGGUAAAUUUUUUAAUUUACCAAGUUUUAUCAGCGUAAUUUGAAGAUGUAGAUUGUUUAUCUGCUUAAUUCCUCUGGAUACUGUGAAAUCAUUUAAUUUCGUUGGCAUGAAAUUACGUGGUUUUGGUCAAAACGGCAAUUUCGUGGGGAUAUGAAUUGGUGGAUUACAACUUUUGAACAUAAAGUGAAUGGGAAUUUUACUUGUUCGUUGGGAUUAAAUUUUGUGGAUUGACUGAACCACGAAAUCCAUGAAAAUUAGUCCCCACGAAUAUUAAUGAUUUCACAGUAUGCAAUUGAGAAAUAGAUUAUACAGUUACUUGUGUUGCUGUAUAUCCAUGUACAUAUAUACACCUUAUUUGCUGUUAACAUUUGCUCAAAGUGUAGAUGAAAUAAAUGUUCUAUAAAAAAAGUAAUAAUUGAAAUCAUGUUUAAAUCUUUAAAUGUUUAAGGUGUAUGUUAUAUUGAAGAUGCAGAUAUGUUUAGUAAGUGACACCUCUUAUGUUAUGACACAGGUAAUGAUAAUGGUAAGAUUAUGUUAAAAAUAACUUUUAAGGUGAGAGGGUAAAUUUCAUUGGUUAAGAUUUUAUGUUUACAUUAGCCCUAUUCUUUUCCAUUGAAAAUUAUGACGUUCAUUUUGUUUGAACAGCAGAAGGAAAUGCACCAAAGUUAAAACAACGCUGCUUUGUGAUAUUUCCUUAGAUGAUGUUGCAGUUGUUUCAUCUGGUGAACAGAAUGGCCGGAAAGCUGAUUUUAGUGUUAAAUGCUACAAAAUGUGUGCAAGAUAUAAUAUAAUCUUGUUUACAAAUGGAAAGGAAAUGUAAAUAUAAGAAGUGAAUUAAUUUUUUGGAGGGAGUUCAUGCAAAAUGAACGACAGAUUAGGAUUGGCAAGUCAAACAUGAAUCGCCGCGAUUCAUGUAUUUAUCGUUGAGUGUAUUUGAAUAACUUGUUUUUCAUCCUGUAUCAUCUAGCAACAAAUUAAUGAAAUACUCUUUGUUUAAAAGUGUCCCUCCUACAGAAGGCUAGAGGCCACUAUAUUCUGUUGUACAUAUAAAGGCUUAGAUCACUAUAUUCUGUUGUUUGCAUUAGGGCUUAGAUCACAAUAUUUAAUGUUUCUCUAGAUGAACACAGUGGCCUACGUCAUUAAGUUGAUUUUAAUUUGCUAGAUAUUUUAUCAAUGUUUAUAGCCAGUGUUUUUAAUGAAAUUUUCUUUAUCAUGACAUUUUAUUACUUGGGAAUCUAUAACAUAUGGAAACAGUGGUUUGUGACUAUAGUCCAGGGCCCAGUUGUUCGAAACUUUAACAGGCGAUUAAGCUAACGGCCGAUUAACUUCUAGAGUUAUAUUUCAACAUCUUAGAAGAUUUAGAAAAAGAAACAUAUGAGUUAAAUAUUAUGAACACUUAAAAGUCUUUACAGUAAAAUAAAAACUCCAUACUAAUGUUUCCCGCCAAGACUAAUAUUUUGAAUCAAAAUUUAACAGGCAGUUAGUUUAACAGCCGGUUAAAGUUUCGAACAACUGGGCCCAGAUGUAUGUCACGACAGAACAUAAUUAGACACUGAAAGAACAAAACCAUAUUUUUAGGCCAUUUUGUUUUACUUCCUAAAUGUUCACCCCUUUCGUACACGUACAUUCAGUAAGACAGAAGUAUAUAUGUAUUUACUGUAGAAGGUUAAAAACAUUGGGAGAGUUGUUGAAAACAGGUGUUAACUGUUUAGUCAGUUGAAGUGUUUGGUCUAGUUCAGACUGCAAAUAAAAAUAUGUCAACAGAUUUAAAACCAUGCUCCAUUUUCAAAGUAUUUGAUUGGCAAAUAUGAACUUCAGUAUGAAAAAUGUCUUCAUUUAUGUAAAAAGAACUUCAUGGUGAAAUUUUUACCUACAUUCAUGUUCAUGGAAGUUGGAAAAGUUAGGGUCUAUUAAAAACAAUUAUGAAUGUACCAUUUGUUCAAAUUCCUACCAUUUUGCCAAAGGAUGGGUUUACUUGUACUUUUGUAUAAUGCUGGGAACCAUCCAAGAAUGACUGAUAAUCCAGAAAUUGUUGAUUAAUGUUGUGACAUCUUUAGGUCUGGUACAAACCAUUUUUUAUGUGAGAUCCACCACUGUGAUUUUUACAUGUGGCAUUUAACCUUUUACUUCAUUUCUCACUCUUCAUCUUUGAUACAUCAGCUUGUUCAUGCUGCUUUUAUAUAUCAGUGUACAUUGUAGCUGUGCUUCUUCAUGUAACAUUUUAUACAUCAUGGUCAACAUUUUGCUGGUGUUAUUUUAAUACAAUAAUAAAAUUGUUA